AUGGGCCUCAAAUGUCUCCUGGCUAUACUCGCCGUCGCAGUGCAUAUGGCCGGAGCUGCUGCCGUGGAAGCCGUCGAGUUGCCCAUCGUCUACUCAGUUUCCAACAACGCCCUCAACACGAAAGGAGGCAUCGACUUCCAGAACCAGAUCGGCGAGUGGUACGCCAAACGGAGCAUGUCCAAAGCCACCGUUUUCUCGUGGCGAGCAUUCAACCAGCUGGCUUACCCAGGCAGCAAGAAGAUCGUGCCCUCGAUCGGGCUGGUCGUGGAGUCAAUGAGCGAAGACUACAACGGCUACGCAGCCUACAUUAACGGCUCCAUCGUACACAUCAACGCUAACUACUUGGGCCAAUACAACGGCGACCUCAAGAGGGAAUUCACAGGUUUGGUGUACAACCAAGUGGCGAGCAUCUUGCAGUGGACGGGGAACGGGGAGGCGCCGGCGUGGCUGACGACGGGAAUGGCGGACUACGUGAGGAUGAAGGCCGGUUACGAGGCCGUCGGUUGGGUGGGCGCCGGAGAAGGUGAGAGUUUGGGCCGUGGGUUCGACGUUGCGGCCCAUUUCCUUGGGUACUGCAACAAGCUGAAGAGAGGUUUCGUCGGAGAGUUGAAUUACAAGAUGAGGAAUGGUUAUACGGUCGGCUAUUUUGUGGAUCUGCUGGGGAAGAAUGUUGAUCAACUUUGGUCAGAGUACAAAGCCACGUACGCCAAGAGGGCUUAA